UGUCUGUUUGACGUGGCUCAAUCCCGUUCUCAGCUCUCAAGUCAUCUCUUUCGCUCAUUCUAGUCUUUUCUCCAUGGUUCCCUCCCUGGGACAAUGGGGGAGAAAAUCGGCAGAAGCCCUCUUCUGUGCCCUUAAUUUCAUCGUCUUCCUCUUCCUCGACGCAGUCGAGUGCGUCUUGUGCCCGGUCUACCGGUUCCUUGACUCGUUCUUCGAAGGGGAAGCCUCUCCUUGCUACUGCGCCACCCAGGGAGGAGAGUCCAGUCGUGGUGUUAAUGGGGAAGAAGGAGAGGAAGAGGGUGAGCUCUCAGAGAGUCUGUACAGAAGGGAAAACAUUUUCCGGGAAAUGUGGUUUCUCGCAUUCGGGAGAAAACGUGCAAGUUUCGGACAGGAGAAGAGGUUGGUUAAUGGAAAUGGAGGUAGCAAAGGGACUCCGGUUAGGUGGUCGGACUGCGGGUGCGAGACUUGCGUCUCGUGGAUGAGCAAUACGGAGCAGAAGCUCCACGUUGUUGUGAAGGAACCUUCGGGAGCAGCCGUCUCUGGGCAGGGAAAGGCACCCGAGAACGUGAUAUUCCUCCAUGGUUUCCUUGCCUCGUCAUCUCUUUGGACAGAGUCGGUUUUUCCACAUCUAUCUGAAUCUGGAGCAGCUAGUUACAGGUUGUUCGCGGUCGAUCUGUUGGGGUUCGGGAAGAGUCCUAAGCCCCGGGAUUGCUCGUACACUUUAAAAGAUCACCUCAAUAUGAUCGAGAAGUCAGUGAUCUGCCCAUUUCAGUUGGACUCUUUCCACAUUGUCGCCCACUCCAUGGGAUGCGUCGUGGCCGUGGCAUUAGCUUCAAAGUAUGAGACGUCCGUGAAGUCAGUGACUUUGACAGCACCUCCUUACUUUCCGUCUUCGAAACGGGACUCUAGUUUGACGGUGCUCAGAAGACUCGCUGAGAAGAGGCUCUGGCCUCCAUUACUAUUCGGCUCGUCAGUCAUGUCGUGGUACGAGCACUUGGGCCGGUGCAUCUGUUUCAUCGUUUGCCGGAACCACAGGACAUGGGAAAGGAUUCUAAAGUUCAUUACGAGGAGAAGCGAUGUCCACUUCACGGUGAUAGACUUGACAAGGCACACCCACCACUCGGCUUGGCACACGAUGCACAACGUGAUCUGCGGGGGUACGAAGCUGAUGGACGGGUAUUUGGAGACUCUAAGGAGAUCCGGGGCGAAAAUCUCGAUUAUUCAUGGGGAUCGAGAUCAAGUCGUCCCGUUGGAAUGCAGCCUCAGCAUCAAGGCGAGGCUUCCUGAUGCCGAGAUCAACAUAAUCCGGAACGCCAAUCACAAUACCGUCAUCUUCGGGAGAGAGCGUGACUUUACUAGGUUCCUGGGGUGCACAUGGGAGUCCUCUUCUAGUGUCAGGACGAGCUGAAUAAUGCGAUAGAUCGAUGUUCCGAUGUCAUUCUUUCAGUUGAGCGGGCUUAUUUUUCACAUACUUGGUACGAAAGAAUAAAGGUAGAAUGAAAUGGAAUGGGAACAUAAUUGAACUAUU